AUGACAAGUAUCAUACGAACCGAGUAUGCCGCCUGUGAAGCACUGAAACAGAACACCUCGUAUAAUUCUGGCGGAUGCGCCGUGGACUUUGACAAGUCGCUAUGUUGGGCAAGUGCACGUUUAGGACAGCAAAUGACCAGGGAUUGUCCUUUCAAAUACUGCACUUCAAUACCAGGAUGUGAAGAUAUUAAAGACAAGUACAUGGUAUCCCGGAAUUGUAACAACAUGGGAGUAUGGCAAGACUCUAACUACUCCAUGUGUAUAAAAGUUGUGGAGGAAUAUGCACAAUGUCUUCAAGGAUUCUGCAGAGUUUGCCCAGAGUUUUUACGAGAUUUGGUGAUAUCAGUGUCAUUAACGUUAUCUAUUGUAUCAGUGAUACUUCUGGUGGCCGCAAUUAUAUUGUUUUCAGUUUUUGAUUCUAUACAGUGUCGGAGGUUAUCCAUUCAUAAGAACCUGGCGACUGCUUUCGUGUUUCGAUUUGCUGUACUAGCCAUCUGGACUAUAGUGCAGUCAACCAACCUGUUCCAAGACUGUACUCGGUUUCACCCUCAACCAUUAUGGGAUUUAGAAUGGAUCUGCAAAGCCAUUCUCUGGUUUGUGAUCUACUUCCAGGUGGCAUCCGUCAUGUGGAUGUUAAUAGAAGGAGCGUUCCUAUACAGUCGCUUCACUGUGUUUGCAAUGCGACACAGUGACGCGCCAUGGUCUCUCUACCUGGCAUGCGGAUGGGGUGUCCCAUUUGUGGUUGUCACUGCAUGGACGAUAGUUCAUCAGUAUAAGUCGAGUCAGCUGCCGAAUUCGUUUUGCUGGGUACCGUAUGCUCAAGGAAAUCAUCUUUGGAUUUUAGCAGGGACUAUGGGGUCUGCAUUAAUUAUGAAUUUGAUAUUUCUACUGAUGAUUGUGGUGAUAUUGGUUCAAAAGUUGAGAACAGAAAAUUCCGCUGAAUCUAAGAAAAUCUGGAGAACAAUAAAAGCAACUCUCCUCUUAGUGCCACUCCUCGGAAUUUCAAACAUCCCACUUUUUUAUGAGCCUGAGCACCCGAGCUCUGUCUACAUGCUCGGCUCGGCUAUCUUACAACAUAGUCAGGGAAUCUUCAUUGCUGUUCUCUACUGCUUCCUGAAUAGUGAAAUCCAAGGAGCACUCAAAAGACAACUUUCAAAAGUUCCAUUCGAGUUCUUCAAAUCUAGGAAUCGUUUUGAAACCGAGAGAACUUAUGUCCCAGAAAACCGAAAUGCUACCAAAAAUGGAGUUCCGAUGGAGGAGCUUAAUGGGACAAAGAAAAUUGAAAGCGAAAACACCGAGUCUCAGGAUCAGGUUAACACCGACAAGCAAAUCUACUCAGUGACCACCAAAUCGUGA